CAACUAACUAAUGAUCAAGUCAACAACCUGUCAAUCACUGGCCUAAUUAUCACAACAUAAUUUGGACGGUACUACUUAAUCAUACUCUGAUACAGCUUUAUUUCUUCUUUUUCCUUUUGGAUUAUUAACUCGUCGCCUUAGAUUCUUAGGGUUUUAAGUAUCUUUCUUCUCAAGUUAGGUUUAUAGUAUCUCUUUUAAUCAUGUCUAAUCAAGAAGAGUCAGAAGAAACUCAUAACGGCGAAGAUCAAGAUUUUGAAGAGUCAUCAGCGGCGUUUAAUCCUUAUUGCUGCGGUUGUUUCAAAGGGUUAGUUUUCUGGAAAAGAAACGCCGACGGAUCCGACAGGUUAUUAUUGCCGCCGAAACAAGAGGAGAAAAGAGAGUGUUAUUUAAGGGAAAAAGCUAAGAAAGUUAAAGAAUUUUCAGAGAUUUUAGCGGGACCAAGGUGGAAGAAUUUUAUUCGAAGAUUUAGUGUUCAUGGCAUUAACGGCAACAGCAAUAAAAAAAGAAGAUCGCAAAAGUUUCAGUAUGAUCCUCAAAGUUAUGCGAUGAACUUUGACGACGGAGUUGAUAGAGAAACUGAUUCUGCGUAUCCUGAUUUUUCAGCUAGAUUUACUGUUGCUCCGGUUGGCUCUUUUAAGAGCUAGUUUUGGACUUGCAUUAUGAUGAUCUUCCAAUUUCAGUGGAUCAAUUGUUUAUUUUUGUGUAAUCUUGUUGUUAAUCUGAUUGUUUAUAUUAAUUCUUUUGUUGGACAGAAAAAAAGGGGAAUUGAAUAUUCUUUUGAUAUAA